AAUGCUUGAUGAAUGUAGUGGUCAGGCUUAGGCUGUCAGGCUGCUCUUUGGCUGUGCAGUAGGCGCACAGGGAGAGUGUGAAGAGAGUGUCUGUGUGCGCACGCCUAUGCGUGUGUGUGUCAGAGUUUAAGCGUGUGAGCGUGUGUGUGUGUGUACGCACACACAGCGAGAGACCGAGCUCUGAGGCAUUCCAUCAUCAGCUACACCCCUGCAGCCACUCACUCUCCUUACCCUCCUCCUCCUGGAGAGAGAGAGAGAAAGAGAGAGAGAGAGAAGGAGAGAGAGAGAGAAGGAGAGAGAGUGUCACGUAAUACGCAAGGCACACAACGACAAGAAGUCUCAAAUCAGCCCAGUCGAAGACUCCUCUUGCCUCUCUCCUUGCCGCUGCUCUUCCGUGUAGCCAGAGAAAAAAAAGAGAGAGAGAGAGAGCACGAGAGAGAGAGAGCGAGAGAAAGAGAGAGGAGAAGAGAGCCCACACUGCUUCUCCUCCUCCUCCGUGGCCGCGCAAGUGUGGUUUUUUUUCUCUCCCUCUCUCUGCAUUCGGUUGGUGUGGAGCUGCAGAAACAGAAGGCAGCAGAAGCCGGUGCCUAGUCUCUGAAGAGGCCAGGAUGCUAAACAACGUGACAGACGGCGAGGAGGGGGACGGAGGACCCAACAGUCAGGGUGAUGGAAACCCCAAAGAGAGUAGUCCUUUCAUCAACAGCACCGGCAGCAGUGACGUGGAGAAGAGCCAGCAGUACGAUGGCAAAAACAUGGCUCUAUUUGAGGAGGAGAUGGACACCGUCCCCAUGGUGUCGUCUCUGCUCAGCAGCUUGGCCAACUACUCUAACCUGACGCAGGGCAGCAAGGAGCACGAGGAGGCAGAGAAUAACGAGGAGACCCGCAAGAAGCCAGCCCCUGCGGCUCCGGCGUUGGGCACCGUGAUGGGAGUGUACCUGCCAUGUCUGCAGAACAUCCUGGGUGUCAUCCUCUUCCUCAGGAUGACCUGGCUGGUUGGCAUCGGAGGAGUCUUUGGCACCUUCAUCAUCGUCUUCAUGUGCUGCUCGACGACCUUGUUAACCGCAAUCUCAAUGAGUGCUAUUGCCACAAAUGGAGUCGUGCCGGCUGGAGGCUCCUACUACAUGAUCUCUCGUUCACUGGGCCCUGAGUUUGGGGGCGCUGUGGGGAUCUGCUUCUACCUGGGCACCACCUUUGCCGGAGCCAUGUACAUCCUGGGCUGCAUCGAGAUUCUGCUGAUAUACAUAGUGCCAGGGGCGGCCAUCUUUAAGAUAGAGGGUUUGGAGGGGCCAGAGGCUGAGGCAGCCCUGCUGAACAACAUGCGCGUGUACGGCACCAUCGUCCUGACCCUCAUGUGUACUGUGGUGUUCGUCGGUGUGAAAUACGUCAACAAGCUCGCCCUCCUCUUCCUGGCCUGUGUCAUUCUCUCCAUCUUAGCUGUUUACGCUGGAGUCAUCAAGUCCGCUUUUGACCCUCCCUAUUUCCCACUAUGUGUGUUGGGAAACCGGUCUCUACUGUCAAAGGGGUUUGAUGUAUGUGCCAAGACCAUCGAGCUGGGCAAUGGCACUGUCACUACCAAGCUCUGGAGUAUGUUCUGUGACUCUGAGUUCCUGAAUGCCACCUGUGAUGACUACUUUACCAACAACAACGUCUCCGAGAUCAAUGGCAUCCCAGGGGUCACAAGCGGAAUCCUUGCAGAGAAUAUGUUUGGUACUUACCUGGAGAAGGCUGACAUCAUUGAAAAGCGCGGGGUUCCUUCAUAUUCCGACCCCGACUCUGCCCUGACCAACCUCAACCGUUACGUGCAGGCGGACAUCUCCACCUUCUGGGCCAUGCUGGUUGGCAUCUACUUCCCCUCCGUCACAGGUAUCAUGGCUGGUUCCAACCGCUCUGGUGACCUGAAGGAUGCUCAGAAGUCCAUCCCUAUUGGCACAAUCAGUGCCAUCAUCACCACCUCCUUCAUCUACGUCUCUGCUGUGAUUUUGUUUGGAGCCUGUGUGGAGGGGAUUGUGCUCAGAGACAAGUUUGGUGAAGGUGUCAAUGGGAAUCUUGUCAUUGGCACGUUAGCCUGGCCAAAUCCAUGGGUAAUCGUGAUUGGCUCCUUUUUCUCCACCUGUGGGGCUGGGCUUCAGAGUCUUACAGGAGCGCCACGCCUGAUGCAGGCCAUAGCACGAGAUGGCAUCAUACCCUUCCUCAGGGUGUUUGGCCACGGCAAGGCCAACGGCGAGCCCACCUGGGCCCUGCUCCUCACUGGCUGCAUCUGCGAGAUCGGCAUCCUCAUCGCCUCUCUGGAUGCCGUGGCUCCUAUUCUCUCCAUGUUUUUCCUGAUGUGCUACAUGUUUGUGAAUCUGGCCUGUGCUCUGCAGACCCUCCUAAGGACGCCCAACUGGAGGCCACGCUUCAAGUUCUAUCACUGGGCUCUGUCAUUCCUCGGUAUGAGUUUGUGUCUGACGCUUAUGUUCCUCUGCUCUUGGUACUAUGCCAUAGUUGCCAUGGUGAUUGCUGGAUGCAUCUACAAAUAUAUUGAGUUCUGUGGGGCAGAGAAAGAGUGGGGUGAUGGGAUACGUGGUAUCUCCCUGAGUGCUGCCCGCUUUGCACUGAUGCGGCUGGAGGAGGGACCUCCACACACCAAGAACUGGAGGCCACAGAUACUGGUGCUUGUUGGCGUGGACGCAGAGCAGAAUGUGGAACAGCCUCGUCUGCUCUCCCUUACCAACCAGCUGAAGGCAGGGAAGGGUCUGACUAUUGUGGGCACAUCGGUGGAGGGAACUUACCUGAACAACCACCUCCAGGCUCAGAAGGCCGAGCAGUCCUUGAAGAAACUAAUGGAGAGUGAGAAGUUGAAGGGCUUCUAUCAGGUGACGAUCUCCUCCAACCUGCGUGACGCCACCUCCCACCUGAUCCAGGCCAGUGGGCUGGGGGGCCUGCGUCACAACACCGUGCUGGUCAGCUGGCCUCGCAACUGGAAAAUGGCCGAGGAGCACCACCGCAUGAAGAACUUCAUUGAGAUUGUCAGGGAGACUACCGCAGGUCAAAUGGCUCUUCUAGUUCCCAAGAACAUCUCAGCUUACCCGUCCAAUGGAGAGCGCUUCACAGAGGGCCACAUUGACGUUUGGUGGAUUGUGCAUGAUGGAGGCAUGCUGAUGCUGCUGCCAUUCCUUCUCCGGCAGCACAAGGUGUGGAGGAAGUGCAAGAUGCGCAUCUUUACCGUGGCCCAGAUGGACGACAACAGCAUCCAGAUGAAGAAAGACCUUCUUACGUUCCUGUACCACCUCCGUCUGGACGCCGAGGUGGAGGUGGUGGAGUUGCAAGACAGCGACAUCGCCGCCUACACCUAUGAGAAGACCCUGGUGAUGGAGCAGAGGUCACAGAUCCUCAAGGAGAUGCACCUCACUAAGAACGAGCGUGAGAGAGAGAUCCAGAGCAUCACAGACGUGUCCCGUGGCUCCAUCCGCCGGAAGCACCCCACCACCCUGAGGAGCCAGCAGAGCACCGGCGAGGAGCCCGCCUCAGCCAGCGGCGAGGGGAAGCCGGAGGAGGAGUCUUUCCGUGUCUCCCGUACUCGACAGGUCCAGCUCCUCCAGGGUAAGAACGCCGCCCCCACCCCCACGUCCCCAACCUCCCCCACCGCGCCCACCCCGGGCACCCCUGGAGAGGAGGUGCAGAUGACCUGGACGAUUGACGGGGAAAAGAACAAGAACCCGGCCGCGGCCACUCCAGACAACAUCAAGGAUAUGUUCAACAUGAAACCUGAGUGGGAGAAUCUGAACCAGACCAAUGUUAGACGCAUGCACCACGCACAGAAGCUCAAUGAGGUCAUUGUGAAGAAGUCCCAGGAGGCUAAGCUUGUUCUCUUGAAUAUGCCUGGACCCCCAAAGAACCGUAUGGGAGAUGAGAACUAUAUGGAAUUCCUGGAGGUCCUGACAGAGGGUCUCAAUCGGGUCCUCCUUGUGCGUGGUGGUGGACGUGAGGUGAUCACCAUUUACUCCUGAGAGGCUGAUCGCGUUUCCCCAAGCCCCCACCCCCUUCACCACCUCAGCCCUCAUCUCUGCAAUGGACUUUACCCAAGUAAACUCCACAUCCAGAUCCAGCACCUGUAAUAUAAAGACCUCACGUCCUACCAUGAGCAAUACUCUACCCACAUAUCAAAUCAUGUUGCACUACAUCGUCAGGUAAACUCCCUAUCACACAUCCGCUCAACAUGUACCUACACUCCUCUUGCACUGCAACCAGUGUCUCCCUCUCGCUCUCUGUAUCUCCUUCUCUCUUUCUCUUUACGGAUCUCUUACUUUUUAAAGAAACAAAGAGCUGUAAUUUGUUAUUCUCUUAGUGGUCAGAGUACUCAACAUUUCUUGUGUUAGCUGUGUUUUGUCCCCUCUGUAGAUGGGUGGUUUGCCUGAGAGGGUUUUGCUCAUUCGCUCCUCAUCACUGGGGAGGCACUGUAUCCCAAAGACUGAUCAAACCUAACCAAACGCUCUUCUUUAUUUCUCUCCCUGUCUCUCUCUCUUUCUCUCUCUCUCUCUCUCUCUGUAUCCUCUGAAGAACAACUGAAUAGCUUUUCACUGCUAAUGUGUACUAUUAGGCUACGUGGACAUUUCUUGUAUACUAUUUUCACGAGACGUUCAUGAAUUCAUUACGGUGUUUGUGAAAUUUCUCAAAGUUACUGAAUGAGGUGAGAGAAAUGUACGAUGAUCAUGAUGUCUUCCAAUGGAGGCCUGAGGCCCUAGGAGCACAGGCCUAUCACAGACUGACUAUUAGAGAAUAUAGUGUCGAUUUGCACUGCGGGAACACUAGAGUGGUGGUGUUAAGGCGAACUACAGGGACUCUAACGGGCUUAACCACAAAUGCAUCCGAUGUCGACACAUCCAGCUGCCAGCGCUCACGCUCCGAGUGUGAGACUCACGCACUUUGCUUCAGUCUCGCCAAUGCGCUAGUCACUUGCUCAUUUCUCACGCUUCUUGCUUCACAUCCCACCUCUAAUGGAAGUUGCUAGGAGUCUCAUGGAAGACAUGUCCCCCGCCCCAACACCUCUCCAAAAUCAAAAGUGUUUUGAGUGUAUUUAGAAUGUUUUAAAGUUGAGAGCAAAGUUGCAGUGGACGUCAAAAAGAGAGUGGAUGAAACAGCAGGCACCUGUGAUGUGUCUCUACUUUCUACAGAAUUCUUGUUUGUGUAUCAUUGCUUUUCUUACUCCUAAUAGCCACCUACAUCACUUGCAUGUU